AUGUAUUUGGAUAAGCGCAUUGAAAAUUAUUUCUAUAAUACAGGCCAUAUUAUUGGAAAAGGCAGUUAUGGAUGUGUAUAUAGAGGGGUUGACUAAAAUACAUAAACAGAAGUUGCCAUUAAAAUUGUCAAAAAGGCAAAGUUUGAAGGGUAUUAGUCUAUUUUACUUUAGAGAUUCAUAUUCAUAGAAGGCUUUAGUAAAUGAAAUGAUAAUUUUGAAGAAACUUCAUUCAAAAAAUAUAGUAAGAUUGCUUGAUGUUUGUGAAAGUCAGUCAAACUAUUACCUUAUUUAAGAACUUUGUUAAUAAGGGGAUUUGAAGAAGAUCUUGAAGCAAUAAUAGCUUUAAGAAUAAGAAGCAAUUAAAAUUCUAUAUGAUAUUCUUUCUGGAUACUAAAUUUUAUUGAAGAAUGGUAUUGUACACAGAGACAUCAAACCAGCUAAUAUAUUAAAUAGCAAUGGAGUAUUUAAAAUUGGAGAUUUUGGAAUGGCAACUUAAUUGUGUUAAUAAAAGAUGCUUAAUUCACGUGUUGGAACACCUUUAUAUAUGAGUCCAUAAGUUUAAUAAAAUAGUAAUUAUACAAGUAAAUGUGAUAUUUGGUCUAUUGGAAUAUUGUAUUUUGAAUGCUUAUAUGGUGCAAGUAAUUAAUUUUAUAAUCAAAUAGCCCCUUGGUUUCAUGAAACAUCCACUAAACUUCUUAAAAAGAUUUAUGAGGAACCUUUAGAGUUUCCAAUAUAGCCAUUAGUAAGUGAUGUCAGCAAAUCAUUUAUUAAGAGUUGUUUAGAAAUCAAUGAAAAAGACAGAAUAGAUUGGAUAGACAUUUACAAUCAUAACUUAUUUAGAUUAAAUCCAUUUAAAAAAAUAGAUCGCAAUUCUCAAUACAUAAUCACCAGAAUAAGAAAUAUUAUUAAAAUAAGAAAAUUUAACAUUAAUUAAUUAAUUUAAAAUAUUUCACUGCCAAAAAAAUUGAAAAUUAAUGAUAUUAAUUUACUUUUAUAAUCUAUUGAUAAAUAAUUUACAUUAGAAGAUGCUGGAUUAGUAUUUGAUAAAUUGAAUCAUAAUAAUAUGGAUACUAUUCCAUUUGAAUCUAUAUUGUUAUGGUUUAGUUAGAAUGAUGUAAAAAUAUCUAAUAUUUUAAUAGAUAAUUUAGUCUUCAGUUUAAGAUAAUUAUAUUCCAUUUUUAACUUAGUAAGAUUAAUCUAGAAUUGAUAAUUUGUUAGAUGAUUUAAUCAUUAGAAUAAGGUUAAAUUCGAUUUCAAUUAUUGAAAUAUGUAAUGAGGUAAUUUUAAAAAAUAUUUAUUUAGUAUGAAGUUUCAUAAGAGUAAUUAAUCAGCUUAAAUAAAUUCGAGCAAAUAUUGCUAAAUAUUGAUACUUAAAUCUCAAAGGCUGAUAUCACUCUUUUGUAUAGAAAAAUUAAAUAGGAUAAUUAAGGAAUUGUUAAAAGGGAAUCCAUCUAAAAAAUGUUUUAUGAAGAAUCAGAAUUACAUGAACCUGAUGAUGAUUUUUCAGUUUCCCCAGUACAUCUACCUAUUCAAGGACCUGGUUUAAAACUAUAAUCGUGUAAUAAUAUUGAAAGGCUAUCUUGA